AUGCAAGUAUCUCCAUCACUCAACCAACUAUCUCCAUCACUCAACCAAGUAUCUCCAUUACUCAAUCAAGUAUCUCCAUCACUCAACCAAGUAUCUCCAUUACUCAAUCAAGUAUCUCUAUCACUCAACCAAGCAUCUCCAUCACUCAAUCAAGUAUCUCCAUCACUUAACCAAGUAUCUCCAUCACUCAACCAACUAUCUCCAUCACUCAACCAAGUAUCUGUAUCACUCAACCAAGUAUAUUCAUUACUCAACCAAGUAACUCCAUCACUCAACCAAGUAUCUCUAUCACUCAACCAAGUAUCUCCAUCACUCAACCAAGUAUCUCCAUCACGCAACCGCGUAUCUCCAUCACUCAACCAAGUAUCUCCAUUACUCAAUCAAGUAUCUCCAUCACUCAACCAAGUAUCUCCAUUACUCAAUCAAGUAUCUCUAUCACUCAACCAAGCAUCUCCAUCACUCAAUCAAGUAUCUCCAUCACUUAACCAAGUAUCUCCAUCACUCAAUCAACUAUCUCCAUCACUCAACCAAGUAUCUGUAUCACUCAACCAAGUAUAUCCAUUACUCAACCAAGUAACUCCAUCACUCAACCAAGUAUCUCUAUCACUCAACCAAGUAUCUCCAUCACUCAACCAAGUAUCUCCAUCACGCAACCGCGUAUCUCCAUCACUCAACCAAGUAUCUCCAUCACUCAACCAAAUAUCUCAAUUACUCAACCAAGUAUCUCCACCACUCAACCAAGUAUCUCCAACACUCAACCAAGUAUCUCCAUCACUCAACCAAGUAUCUCUAACACUCAACCAAGUAUCUCCAUCACUCAACCAAGUAUCUCCAUCACUCAACCAAGUAUCUCCAUUACUCAACCAACUAUCUCCAUCAUUCAAUCAGGUAUCGCCAUCACUCAACCAAGUAUCUCCAUCGCUCAACCAAAUAUCUCCAUCGCUCAACCAAAUAUCUCCAACACUCAACCAAGUAUCUCCAUCAUUCAAUCAGGUAUCGCCAUCACUCAACCAAGUAUCUCCAUCGCUCAACCAAGUAUCUACAUUACUCAACCAAGUAUCUCUAUCACUCAACCAAGUAUCUCCAUCACUCAACCAUGUAUCUCCAUCACUCAACCAAGUAUCUCCAUCACUCAACCAAGUAUCUCCAUCACUCAACCAAGUAUCUCCAUCACUCAACCAAGUAUCUCCAUCGCUCAACCAAGUAUCUACAUUGCUCAACCAAGUAUCUCUAUCACUCAACCAAGUAUCUCCAUCACUCAACCAAGUAUCUCCAUCACUCAACCAAGUAUCUCCAUCACUCAACCAAGUAUCUCCAUCACUCAACCAAGUAUCUCCAUCACUCAACCAUGUAUCUCCAUCACUAAACCAAGUACCUCCAUCACUCAACCAAGUAUCUCCAUCACUCAACCAAAUAUCUCCAUCACUCAACCAAGUAUCUCCACCACUCAACCAAGUAUCUCCAUCACUCAACCAAAUAUCUCCAUCACUAAACCAAGUAUCUCCGUCACUCAACCAAGUAUCUCCAUCACUCAACCAAGUAUCUCCGUCACUCAACCAAGUAUCUCCAUCACUCAACCAAGUAUCUCCAUCGCUCAAUUAA